CACAGUUUUCCAGGGGAGUCUAUGCUAUCUUUGGAUUCUACGACCAGAUGUCGAUGAACACCCUGACAUCCUUUUGUGGGGCACUGCACACCUCUUUCAUCACACCCAGUUUCUCCACGGAUGCUGACGUGCAGUUUGUCAUUCAAAUGCGGCCGGCCCUGAAAGGAGCGAUCUUGAGCCUUCUAACAUAUUACAACUGGGAAAAGUUUGUAUACCUGUAUGACACAGAAAGAGGAUUCUCCAUUUUGCAAGCAAUUAUGGAAGCCGCUGUACAGAAUAAUUGGCAGGUGACAGCUCGAUCCAUGGGAAGCAUAAAGGAUGUUCAGGAGUUUAAGGCAAUCAUUGAGGAAAUGGACAAGCGCCAGGAAAAAAGAUACCUGAUCGACUGUGAAGUAGAAAGAAUAAACACCAUUUUGGAACAGGUUGCUAUGCUUAAUAAAAAUUCCAGGAGUUAUCACUACAUGCUUGCAAACCUGGGUUUUACAGACAUUUCAGUGGAUAAAGUGGUGCAAGGAGGUGCCAACGUAACUGGAUUUCAGAUUAUUAAUAAUGAAAACCCGAUGGUUCAGCAGUUCAUGCAGCGUUGGGUGAGACUUGAUGAACGAGAAUUCCCAGAAGCCAAAAAUUCUCCUCUAAAGUAUACAUCUGCGUUGACCCAUGAUGCCAUACUAGUCAUCGCUGAAGCUUUUCGGUACCUUCGGAGGCAGCGUGUCGACGUCUCCCGAAGAGGUAGUGCUGGAGAUUGCUUAGCAAACCCAGCUGUGCCUUGGAGUCAAGGAAUAGAUAUUGAAAGAGCUUUGAAAAUGGUUCAAGUGCAAGGAAUGACAGGAAAUAUCCAAUUUGACACCUAUGGACGUAGGACUAAUUACACAAUCGAUGUGUACGAAAUGAGAACUGGCGGGCCACGGAAGGCUGGUUACUGGAAUGAAUAUGAGAGAUUUGUCCCGGCAAUAGAUCCGAGUGUCUCCAAUGACACCUCCUCUGUGGAGAACAGGACCAUCGUGGUAACCACUAUACUUGAAGCGCCGUACGUGAUGCGCAAGCAGAGCCCUGAUCAGAAAGAAGGGAAUGAGAAAUACGAAGGCUACUGUGUUGACCUAGCCCACGAAAUCGCUAAGCAUGUUGGGAUCAAAUACGUGCUCUCCAUCGUUCCCGAUGGGAAAUAUGGUGCAAAGGACCCUGAUACUAAAAUGUGGAACGGCAUGGUGGGUGAGCUGGUCUAUGGGAGAGCAGAUAUAGCUGUGGCUCCGCUGACAAUAACCUUGGUCCGAGAGGAAGUCAUAGACUUUUCCAAGCCCUUUAUGAGCCUGGGCAUCUCGAUCAUGAUCAAGAAGCCCCAGAAAUCAAAACCUGGUGUCUUCUCCUUUCUGGAUCCUUUGGCCUAUGAGAUUUGGAUGUGUAUAGUGUUUGCGUACAUUGGAGUCAGUGUGGUCCUCUUUCUAGUCAGCAGAUUCAGCCCUUACGAAUGGCAUUUGGAGGACAAUCAGGAAGAGCCACGAGACCCACAGAACCCUCCUGACCCUCCAAAUGAGUUUGGAAUAUUUAACAGCCUUUGGUUUUCCUUGGGUGCCUUUAUGCAGCAAGGAUGCGAUAUUUCUCCAAGAUCUCUCUCAGGGCGAAUUGUUGGAGGUGUCUGGUGGUUCUUCACUCUCAUCAUUAUCUCCUCCUACACUGCCAACCUCGCUGCCUUCCUCACAGUGGAAAGGAUGGUGUCUCCUAUAGAAAGUGCUGAAGACUUGGCAAAGCAGACUGAAAUAGCCUACGGAACUUUGGAUUCAGGGUCUACCAAAGAAUUUUUUAGACGAUCCAGAAUAGCUGUCUAUGAGAAAAUGUGGUCCUACAUGAAGUCAGCAGAACCGUCUGUGUUUGCCAAAACAACCGCGGAUGGAGUAGCCCGCGUGAGGAAAUCAAAGGGGAAGUUUGCCUUCCUGCUCGAAUCGACCAUGAAUGAGUACAUUGAACAACGAAAGCCCUGUGACACAAUGAAAGUUGGUGGGAACCUGGAUUCCAAAGGCUAUGGUGUAGCAACUCCCAAAGGCUCAGCAUUAAGAACUCCUGUAAACCUUGCAGUAUUGAAACUCAGUGAACAAGGCAUCUUAGACAAGCUGAAAAACAAAUGGUGGUACGAUAAGGGUGAAUGUGGCGCCAAGGACUCUGGAAGUAAGGACAAGACGAGUGCUCUAAGCCUGAGCAAUGUGGCCGGGGUUUUCUAUAUCCUUGUCGGUGGCCUUGGCCUCGCCAUGACAGUGGCCUUGAUAGAGUUCUGUUACAAGUCUCGGGCUGAGACCAAACGAAUGAAACUCACAAAGAACACACAAAAUUUUAAGCCUGCUCCUGCACCCAAUACUCAGAAUUAUGCAACGUACAGAGAAGGCUACAACGUGUAUGGAACAGAAAGUGUUAAGAUCUAGUGGUUCGGCUGAAGGUCUAAUCCCAUGCUUACAUUGGCACGCCAGAGGAGGAGCGACCAAGAAACCUGGGCAAUCCAGUGUUCCUGACCGCCUGAGCCAAUUUCACUUCGUCCUGGGUGUCGGGCCUGGCACGUUAUUGACGACGGUGCAAUGAACUUUUCAUAGGAAUUUUUUUUUUCCUUCAGUGCCUUACAGGAGAUUCUUAAGACUCAAAAACAAUGCAAACCAUCAGAAAAAAAAAUUCUCGCUUUGCUUGAAAACAAAACAACGACAACAAGAAAAUGGACUGCUAAUGACAGUAUUCUAAUAAGGAGGGAGAGAGAAAGAGGAAAUAUUCUUGUAAAAAUAAUUUUAACAAAAGUUCAACAGAAGCCAUUCUUUGAUACCACUGCACAGUCUAUGGGCAUAAUUCUUUUGAAAAAGGAACAUAAGAUUUUCAAGUUCUCCCUUUCCAUUGUUAAACUAUUAAGCUGUUCUUAAUAUUAUGCCUCAGAAUACUAUAGCUCAUAUUUCUAGAACAGCUUGUUACCUAACUCUGUGAUUUAGGAUGAUACAGCUUCCUUUCCUUUCCUUCCAGAUGGUGAACGUUCUCCUUUACCAUCACAACUCUAGAUCCUGCCUCAGAUUUUAAGAAAAUGCAUAUAUCAGCUGCAAACCUAUGAAUGUAACAUAUAAAAGCUGGAAGGGAAGUUAUGCCAACAGAAAAUCAUGCAUCUUCCCUAUUAAGGGAAGACAUGGUGUAUCUUAUGAAGGAAAGCCUUCAAGAAGAAGAAAAUGCAAGCCAGGCCAGUGUUAUUAUAAGUGCUUUCUUUUCAAUAUAUAUAAUAAAUAGCAUCCAGGAUUUAACUGAGAUGAAGAGACUGCUCACGACUGGGUUCCCUGUCAUAUAGCUCUGGAUCUCUUCUUGCAUUUUUAAAAUGAGACUAAACAAAGCAGUGUUGAAUAUCUCAUGAUAACAGUAUGAAAAAGACAAUAGCCCUCACAAUGCAGUGUCUGAAUCCCUGGUUCUUUCUCAUUUUUUCAACGUAGUCUUUUUCUUUUCUUCUUUUCUGUAAAUUAAAAACGAAAUCUAGCACUGUGCUCAGACAAAGCUUUGUGACUCGCGGCCUCGCUAUGUAAACGAAAAGAGGAUGGUACCUCAUAUGAGACCGGUAGGUCCAGCUUAUAACAAAACGCUCUAGCAUUACAGUUGCUGGUACUUACUAUAUUCUCUCUGCUGCUGUUGACCAUCAAUUCAUCACUACUUAUCAAGAACAGUCAAGAUAGCUAGGAUACAUCUUUAGUUUCAUGGAGAAUAUAAUGCAUUCCAAAACAUACUGCUCAAGACGAAAAGUCUGCAUUACUGCCUUACAGCUUUUCAGAUGUAGGAUGUGUUCCUGACCAGAAUCCUAAGAGAAAUCUACUGAAGUUGGAGGUGUCAGAGCAUAGGUUUGGAAGGCGGGCAGUCCCGAGUUCAAUGGCUGGCAUGUCUUAAUUCAAUAGAUCUCAGGUUGCAUAGGUGGAAAGAUUUCUGAGCUUGGAAUCUUGGAACAGCAGCUGCCAGUCGGAGUUCGACACGCUAGACUAAGGCAGGGCAGUGGUUCCAUCAUAGAAGGUAGCUUCCUACAUCCAUAGCUGCAUCUUUUCUAUAUCUAUAUAUGAAACUCCCAUUCUCAUUUACCAAAUAGAUUUUUAAAAAUGCAAAAUUAAGGAAUCAUCUACAUACUAAUUACCUCUAAUAUGACAAUAUGUGCAAUUUGGUAGCUCAGCAAGAUUUCAUUUCAUAAAUAACAUACUGGAUAUUAAAUAAAAAUUUGUGGGGGAAAGGAAGAUAACGAAUGCUAUAUAUUUUUUUCUUUAAAAUAGAAAAGAAGAAAAUGUUUGAAAAAGGUCACUGACAAUAUAUUUGAUAGCUCAUUAAGACAAACUUAUAAAGGUCACCAGUGAUAUAUUUGAUAGUUCAUUAAAUCAAGUAUAAUAUAGUGAUAAAGAGGAGAGAACACACACAUACACACAUAUACAUUUGGACAAGAUGUAACAUAAAAAGGAAACUUCUCCUGUAGAACAAAUUGCUGCUCAUGUUUUUACAGAGAUAUUAAGCAAAAAGAAGCUGUUCAUUUUUUCCUGAAACUGUGAUUUUAAAUUCCUGAAUGCUAUAAUAUUCCAGCAGAAGGAAAUGCAAAGCUGUGCAAAAUAUGUUGUAUUUAACUUUUCAAAAAAAUGGGGGGAGAGGUGUUUUCUUAAAAGCUGUACAAAGAGAAAUGUAUGUUUAUCAAAUGAAGAUAAUUUUUUCAGAAUGAAGGCUUCACGUCAGUGAAGGGUUUGGUAAAUGGGGUGUUAUUUUUUAAAAUGUGCAUGUUAAUUUAAAAAAAAUGUCAACUGCUUUGAAAAAAUCCUGCUCCUACCUUCAAGCUAUGGAAGUUCAGCAGUAGCCACUUCAGAAUCUCUAUUUUUAUGUUUUUCUCCUUUUUUUUUUCCUCUAAAAAACAAACCGACGAAUCUUUUUAGGUUGUAUCUUUCUUGGUUGUUAAAAUUGCACUUCAGUGAACAGAAGGAAAACAAAAACAAAAAACCUUGCCAAACGAACUCAUGGCUGUCAAAUUGUAAACUGCAUGUGUGGGCAUCAAUUACUGAGCCUCAUUUUAAUGAGGCCUUGUACAAAGAAUUUUAAUACAUUUUGUAAAUAAAAUUGUAAAGAAAACAAAAUAAAAAAAAGUUCUUGA